AUGAGCCUCUCGUCGCUCCUUCUGGCGAAAACGAAAGCUGUAGACACGGAACUCGAUGCAUUGUUCAAAGCCUCGUCGAUUCCAGCGGUCACAUCAAAAUCCACGCAGAGUACCGUCGACGUAAAAAAAAGGAAAAUUCACUCUGAGGAAGAUGUACAGGGCGAAGGAGCUCCCGCACUGCCGCGAAAAAAGGCGAAGUCGGUUGAAGUGAAGAGCGUCAAAUUCGCUAGUACUACGAAAACGGAAAUGAAGGAGACUAAGGCUUUGGCGAAGGAAGCGAAAGAGAAGGUGAAGGCUACGAAGGUAAAAGGGAAGGGCAAAGGCAAGGCAAAAGAGGUCAACGAGGACGAGGAUGAGGACGACGAGGAAGAUAAUAAUUCGGAUCUGGAAAACGCGUAUCUGAAGAGCAAAACGGUGAAAACCCAACUGGCCGCUGCUGAGAAGGAAGACAGCGAUGAGGAAGAAGGCGAGCCCACGCAGAUCGUGCAUGAAUCCAUACAGCCCAAGCCCAAGCCAGCAAAAAAGCAAAAAUUUGUACCGGCGGACGAAACGCCCGAGCAACGAGACAGGCGUACAAUAUUUAUUGGCAACUUGCCGUCCGAAGUUGCGCACAAACGACCUCUUAGGAAACAGCUAGAACACCACAUCACCGCCCUCGUUCCCACCUCCAAAAUUGAGUCGGUCCGCUUCCGCUCUGUAGCUUUUCAAGCCCCCACGGCGAAACUACCUACCGACGCAGAUGGCCCCUCUUCUUCCACCACAGGCACCAAAACCAAAACACCACGCCCGCAUGUCCAAGACCGCACUGCGACCUGGCGCUCCAAGGUCGACGAAAAAGACGACGAGUUCGUCAAGCAGGAUGACAAGAAGUUCCUUACCCCGAGCCAGAAGAAGAGAAUCGCGUUCAUAAACCAGGAGUUCCAUUCGUCUGCGGAUAGCGUGAACGCGUACGUGGUUUUUGCGCACCCUGUUGAGGUGAAAGACCGGCCAGCGAAUUUGCCCCCACCCAAGGAGGUGAUGGACCCUUAUGAAGCUGCGAAGGCGGCUGUGGAGAAGUGUGACGGAACCAUAUUCAUGGAGAGGAUGAUUCGUGUGGAUGUUGUUGGAAGAGAGGCGGUUGAGACGAGAAAAGAGGGGAAGGACGGUGUGGGGGACCCGAAGCUUGCUGUGUUUGUUGGGAAUUUAGAUUUUGCGAGCAAGGAGGAGGAUCUGAGGGUAUUCUUUGAGGGCGUGGUUAGUGCUGAGCGGGGACCACCGCCCUUAAAAGAGGAUGAGGAUGAGGAGGGAAUGAAGAAGCCAAAUACUUGGGUUACAAGGGUGAGGAUUGUGAGGGACAAGGAAACGCAGCUUGGGAAGGGCUUUGCGUAUAUCCAAUUUGCUGACAGGGAGUGCGUAGACGAAGUACUAGCUCUCGAGGAACAAAAGCUCAAAUUCGCCAAACGUAAACUCCGUGUACAGAGAUGUAAAAGCCUGCCCGGGGCCAAGGUAGCCGUCGACGCCAAAACGCACCCCAAAGCAGCAGCAAAUGCACCACGUUCGGCCCCAGUACCCAUCGUCAUACCCAAGGGCGACCCAGCUUUAGGCGAGCGGCUCGCCCAUCUCUCAAAAGAUGCCAGGAAACAGGCGAAGUCUAGCGAUGCAGAUCGCGUGGCGAGGAGGCUGGCGAAGAAAAAAGCCAGGAUGGCUAUAGGUCCGCCUGGUGGUUCAGGAGUGAAGGGGAAGGAUAGGGAGAGGGUUAGGAAAUCCGCUGGUGGUUCUGGUUCAUCCAAGACGAAGAAUCUUGGGAGAAAGGAUGGAAAAGGACGGGUAAGGAGCGAGAAGAGCCUGUUGAAGAGGAACUUGAAAAAGUAG